GGUCUACAAUCCUACCUUCUGCAUAGUCAAAAUACCAAUAACACAUUGAAACACAAUGCCUCGAAGCCAGGCAGCCACGAAGCGUGCGUCGGCAAAGAGACGAGCUGCAGCUCCUAAAAAAGUCGCCUCUGCCACAGCUCGUCAAACCGGCCGCCGCGCUACCCGCCCCGGGCAUGCUAGCAACGACAAAGGCAACAAAAAGAAGCCACAGCGUAAGAGCCGCAAGAAGAAACAGCCCAAGCAGGACCUCGGCGGGCAGCGAUUGGAGGAGCAACCGCCCCGGCACCAUCGUGUCAGAGCGCUCAUCGCAGCCGCCUUCCCAGGCAAGCGACGAGCCUCGAACGCCUACGACGACAGGAUCGUGAAGCGGAGCCGCGCGUCCUCGUUCGUGCACCUGCCGUGGGAGCGCGAGAGCGAGACGAUAUUGAACCAGCACGGAGAAGCGAUCGAGAAGCCCGGCUAUGUUGCACAUAACCUGUUCGGCAGCUCCGGCUUUGGCGACCAGCGCACGCUCAUCGAUCGCAUGGCGUCGGGCCAGACGCAAGGCACCAGCGACGACGAUCCGAUUGCAGCCAUGGGAUCUUUUGGAAAGCUGCCCACCGAGAUCCGCGACAUGAUCUUCCGCAGCCUGCUGCUACACCACAGGGACAUCCGGGUGCUGCGCGGGUGGUCUCUGGUCUUCCCCCGCUCGCGGCCCAACCUGGAGGCCAACAUGCUGCGCGUCUGCCGCGUCUUUUACCGCCAGGGCAUCCGGAUCCUGUACGGCGAAAACACGUUUGUGUACCUGAUCCGAGACCCUAGCUCCUGGCGCUCCGACACGGCCAUCGUCAUGGAGCACGUGUACAGCCAAGAGUCCCUCCCCAUCGAUAAGCACGGCCAUUUGAUCCGACGGAUCAAGGUCGUGGUCGAAGCGAACCGCAUGCAUCUGCACGACGCGCGCAUGACCCUGCCGCACGCCUUACAGAAGUUCCUCCCCGGCGGCGACCUGUCCACGCCCGCCCAGCUGCACACUGUGACUCUCGAGCUGCCAGCGCAGACGCGCCACAGCCUGGGCAUGAGGGGCGACACGGGAACCAGGCUCGCCGACGUGCCCGCGUGCUCGUGGCUCCGCCGGGACUCGUCGGUGCUGAGCGCGCUCAAGCACCUCAACUGCCAGUUUAUCCGCGUGCUGGCGUACACCGCACCUCGCAGUGGCGACCGCUAUGGUGGCGAGUGCUUCGAGGCGCUCAUCGACCGCCGUCCACACUUUAGCCAGCUCAGCGCCGACGAGGGCGACCACGAUAUGUGGGGCGGCGAUGGUGUCAUGCUCGCGACGCGUAGGCUUGAGGCGGUAAAGUCGCGGGCUCGCCUCCAUACCUUGUAUUUCUGGCUGGAGCAGCUGACGCAUGACUGGGACGCUGACAUGCCCAUACGUGCUGUGAUCAACGGGCCCUUCGAGACCUAUGUGCCAGGAUUAGAGGCGGGGGAACCUCUCGAAGCGCUGCCUUCGGGGUCGACCACUCGAUCGAGUCGACGCAGCACGAUGGGACGUGUGAACUACCGGCUCUCGGCUAGCCCCCCUGGAUUGAGCGAAUACGACGAUGAGUACGAUCACGACGGAGGAGACGAUGAUGAGGACGACGAUGAGGACGACGAUGAGGACGAUGAUGAGGACGACGAUGAGGGCGACGAUGAGGACGACGAUUCCAUGUUUGUCGAGGCCAAAGGAGGCAAGGGAAGCCGUCGUGAUACGUUCGUUGGUAGCGAUGUUCUUCAAUGA